AUGACUGAGCAAAAGAAGAACCUUCGUAUAGUUGGAGGAUAUAAUGCUACACCUGGAGAGUUUCCUCAUAUGAUUUCGAUACAACAGGCUAAUGAUAAGAAUUUUAAAGUUCAUAUCUGUGGAGGAUCAAUCGUAAGUCAGAUAUGGGUCCUUACGGCAGCACAUUGCUUUAUGGAAUCCGAAUAUUUAAUACAAACUCGGAAGAUUUUUGUAAUUGCUGGUGCUUGGGAUUUUAGUGAGCCUUCACAGUAUCAACAGGAAGUACUUGUGGACAAAGGCAUCCGAUAUCCCCUCUAUAAAAACAAAACUUUAUCGCAUGAUAUAGGUUUAUUGCAUCUCGCAAAAGCCCUCGUCUGGAAUGAAUGGGUUAAGAUAGUGAUCCUGCCUGAUCCUGAUACUCCUCCCAAAGGCAAUGCAGUUUUAUCAGGUUGGGGCCUCAUUAAUGUGAAAGAACAAGUCUAUCCAAAUAUUCUUCAACGUCUGUACAUGCGCAUCCUUACCAUGAAGGAAUGUUAUACUACCUUGAUGCCAUUUAAAAGGCAUGAUGAACUCCAUUUGGAAAUGAAUAUCUGUACAAAAUCUUAUACUGAUAGGCAAUAUGGUUGCACUGCAGAUUCUGGUGGUCCACUGGGUACGUGGGAUGGUGAUAAUUUUAUCCAACUAGGAGUCUUUUCUUGGACAAUGUAUCCUUGUGGUCGGCGUGGUUCUCCAGGGAGUGAAUAUGAAUGGUCGAAGAGUGAAUCCUGA